AUGCAUGUCAUCGACACAAAGACUUCGUACAAUAUGUUGCUUGGCAGGCCAUGGAUACACGAGAACAAAGUUGUCCCAUCCUCCUACUAUCAAUGUUUGAAGUAUCUCGAAGGCAGCAUCAAAAAGAAGAUAGUUGCUGAUGAUAAACCAUUUACUGAAGCAGAGUCACACUUCGUGGAUGCGAAGUUCUACUUGAAGAACUACAUUGUAAGAGAAGUAAAAGUCGAUGACAUCGCAACUACCAAGAGUGAUAAGGUCGCAACUAAAAGAGCUGAUGAGACUAUUGAAAAAGCUGGAGUUGAUGCUGAGGUGCCGCACCCCAGUAUGAAUAAAGGGAAUAUUGUGUCUUUGAAGAAGAAGAAGAAGACAACUCCCGUGCUCUGCUAUGUUCCAAAGAUGAAGAAAGAGGAAGGUCAACCAUCUGAAACUCAAGGAAAGCUACUUGGAGACUUCGUGGCUCAGAAUCCGCCGCAAAAUAUGGCACUCCCUACAAAACGUACAAAUGAAAGCUUUGAUCCAAAUGCUUACAAGUUAUUUGCUUAUGAAUACAAAAAACCUCCGCCAGUUCGCAUAUCCAUAAGAAAGGCAAGUAUCAACUACAUCACUGUGGAAGAUGAGUCUGUUGCUUCCAACAAAAGGCUUUCAGUGUUUGAUUAUCUUAGAAAUUCGACCGCAAAAGCUUCUGUGUUUGAGAGAUUGGGGCCAUUGAAGAUGAAGAAGAAGAACAAGUUCCACAGAAAUUAUCAGAGCGUGAAAAUGCUAGCUUUGCCUAGAACCCAGAAGGAUAUACAAAGUUUGAUUCCUUCUAGAAUGAGGCGACAAACAAACCUUGUGGUUUCAUGUGGGGAGGUACUAAAAGCAAAGUCUCACACUGUGGUGUAUACCAAGGAGCGUGACGAAGAUGAGGAGAGUGUAGGUUCUUCAUAUCAUAUUACUGCACAAAGUGAUCAAAAUACCUCAUUUCAGAUGGAGGUUGCCAAGAAAUUAGAGGACAUCUCCUCUUGUUACCACAUAUCUUUCAAUGAUGGUGAUCCUCAAGAGUAUGAAGAUGCUAGAGAUGCUCCUCCAGAACUUGAAGAAGGGGUGAAAACCAUAGUAGACUCCUUGAAAGAAGUUAAUCUUGGUACUGAUGAAGACCCAAGGCCCACCUACCUAAGUGCUUUUCUAACAGCUGAUGAAGAAGACACUUACAUGGAAAUACUCAAAGAAUAUAGGGAUGUUUUUACUUGGAGUUAUAAAGAGAUGCCUGGAUUAGGUCCCAAGGUAGCAGUCCAUCAUCUGGCAGUUAAGAAUGGUGCCCGUCCUGUUAAGGGAUCUUACAAUGCAUGGCCUAAAGAUGAUUUCCCGCUUCCCAUCCCUGAGUUGAUGAUUGAUGCUACCAUUGGUUAUGAAGCAAUGUCUUUCAUGGAUGGUUCAUCCGACUAUAACCAAAUUCGCAUGGCGCUAAAAGAUGAAGAGCUUACAACAUUUCGUACACCCAAGGGUAUUAAUUGUUACAAAGUGAUGCCUUUCGGCUUGAAAAAUGCUGGUGUCAUAUACCAAAGGGCUAUGCAAAAUAUCUUUGAUGAUUUGCUCCACAAAAAUGUCGAAUGA